UCUGCCUCUAUCCGUGCUGCACUUAGAGUGGGGGUCUCUAAUUCCCUGUCUCCAUCCAUGGCACAGUUGGGGUGGGGGCCCCAGGGUGCACCCACGGCAGGGUGGGAGGUGCCGAGUCCUCCCUUCCUGCCAGGCUGUGCUCAGGGCAGGGUGAGCUGGGGGUUCCUGCUGUGGGUGACACGAGUCUCUGGCAGGGAGCUGGUGCAGGGCACUGGGGCACUGCUCUAUUACCUGCCCGAUGGCACACAGGUCAUCCAGGAGCACAGACAGCAGGAGCACUGCUGCUACCGGGGAACAGUGCAGGGCUUCCCCGGCUCCUGGGCCAACCUGUGUGCCUGCGCUGGACUCAGCGGCCGCCUCUGGCUGUCAGACACCAGGAGCUACACUCUGGAGCCGGACACCAGCAGCCCGCCAGGGCAGCACAUGGCAUCCCACCUUCGGCUGGACCCCCAGAGCUGCAGGCAGGGCGCCCACCCUGGGCCAGAGGCAACAGAGCCGCCCUGGCCACAGAGGGGCAAGCGGGCAGCGGCACAGCAGCACUUUGUGGAGCUGGUGAUGGUGGUGGACCACGCUGCGUUCCAGCGUUACCCCAACCUGCAGCGCGUUCACACGCGGGCCCUGGAAAUCGCCAACCAGGUGGACGUGUUCUUCCGCCCGCUGGGGGUGCGGGUGGCCCUGCUGGCAGUGGAGGUCUGGAGCGAGGGUGACAAGAUCGCGGCGGGCGGCAGCGCCCGGGCGGUGCUGGAGCGGUUCCUGCGCUGGCGCCGGGAGGAGCUGCUGCCCCGGCUGCCCCACGACAACGCCCAGCUCCUGACGGGUGCCCACUUUGAUGAUGUCUCAGUGGGGAUGUCGACUCAAGCCUCCGUGUGCUCCCCCACGCGCUCCGGGGGGGUCAGCAUGGACCACUCGGUCAGCGUCCUCGUGGUGGCCUCCACUGUGGCCCAUCAGCUGGGGCACAACCUGGGCAUGCGCCACGACAGCGCCGGGCGCCUCUGCGACUGCGGCGACCUCCGGCACGACCGCGGCUGCAUCAUGGCACCGCCCACAGGCUUGACGCCUGGCUUGAGCUUCAGCAACUGCAGCCGGCAGGACCUGGAGCGCAGCCUGCAGCAGGGCCGGGGCUGGUGCCUCUCCAACGUCCCCGAGCCCCAGCUCCUGACAGGGAGCCCCACCUGUGGGAACCACUUCGUAGAGCUGGGCGAGGAAUGCGACUGCGGCCUCAGCGUGGAGUGCACAGAUCCUUGCUGCAACAGCAGCUCCUGCCAGCUGAUGCCAGGGGCCGUGUGUGCCACUGAGGAUGCCUGCUGCGAGGACUGCCAGCUGCGCCGUGCUGGCCACGUGUGUCGGGAGCUGCUGGGCGAGUGUGACCUGCCCGAGUUCUGUGACGGGGUCUCGCCGCGCUGCCCCCCGGACACGUUCCUGCAGGACGGGCAGCCCUGCGCCGGCGGGCGGGCACGCUGCUACAGCGGGACCUGUGCCACCUACGAGGGGCAGUGCCAGCAGCUGCUGGGGCCAGGUGCCAGUCCUGUCUCCAGCUCCUGCAUGGCUGCCCUGAACUCAAGAGGGGAUGAACGUGGGCACUGCGGGCAGCUCCCCAACGGCUCCUAUGUCACUUGCACCCAGCAGGACACCAGCUGUGGAAUGCUGCAGUGCCAGCGUGGCAGGUCCCUUGGGGACAGCCCAGAAGGGUUCUGCCAGGGGACCACCCUGCCCGGGGAUGAGGAUGUGGCCGAUGCGGCCAUGGUGCUGCCUGGCACCACCUGUGGCCCCGGGAAGGUGUGCCUCCAGCACCAGUGCCAGAACGUCUCCAUGCUGGGUGACCAGCAGUGCCAGAGCAAAUGCCAUGGGCACGGGGUGUGCAACAACCACGGGCACUGCCACUGUGAGCGGGGCUGGGCCCCCCCAAGCUGUGACAGCCCCGGCGUGGGGGGCAGCCAGGACAGCGGCCCUGCCGGCCUUGAGCGAGAGGGAAGCGCCCUGCCCACGGCCCUGCUGCUGAGCGCGCUGCUGGGGCUGGCGCUGGCACUGGGGCUGUGCCGUGCCCGCCGUGCCGGCCUGCACAAGCACCUCUGCCAGCUUGGGAAAGGCACCUCCUGCCAGUACAGGAUCUCGCAGCCAGAACCCCGGCCGGGCAGCAACCAAGGUCCCCCUGCGCGUCCCCGGCCCCCGCAGUGGCGCCAGGCCACGGAGCUGCAGGUCAUGCACGGCAGCAAGCCGGCUGCCCUCGGCUCAGCCCGGCCUGAUCCGCCCUCCCGGCCUCUCCCGCCGGACCCUGUGCCCAAGGCCCCCCCCUCGGACAGGCCGCCCCCCCCCACACGCCCGCUGCCCGCAGACCCUGUGCCGAGCGCCCAGGUAACGCAGCGGCACCCGCGUGUGGGGCGGCAGGGCGACCGCCACCCCCCGAGCCCCCCGAGCCCCCCGGGCGGGGGUCGGCCCAGCGCCCGGCUCUGA